AUGACGAGCAGGGCCCGGGAGCCUCUUUUAAUAGUUGCCUCCGCUGCCCAUCAAACAAGGGAAGGAGGCGGGCGCUGCUGCCCGCCGGAUCGUGGUACCUGCGAGCACCAGCCGCAGCUGCUCACUCCCAUGAGGGACGCCCGGAGCCCGGCCGCGCCGACGGGGCUAGAGCGCGCGCAGCUGGGAUUACCUCGAAAGCGCCUCCUUUUGCGCGCCAGCCUAUUCUUUUCCCACCCGCCGGUCCCUCGGUCAGGAACCUCCACUUUUCCGUGUUGCGGACUUUCACUUUUGUCGGUGAAACGAGGUUUGGCAGCAGGGUUGCUUCCUCAGUCAGAGGAGGAGGAGGAGGAGGAGGAAGAGGCGCGCACCAGCCGCCCGGCUAGCCCGGCUGAGACAGACGCCAAGCGGAAUUCCUCCACCCCUUGGCGAGCGGCACUCCUCGGAAGCGGGAGGGCAAGCGCUCCAUGUGUGAGAAAGAGGCGAGUCGCCUCCUCGCCGGCGGGCUUCCUCUACCGGCGCCUCAAGUCGCACGAAAAACGGGAGAUGCAGAAGGAGAUCCUGUCCGUCUUGGGCUUGCCUCAUCGCCCCCGGCCCUUGCAUGGGUUCCAAGUGCAGCACCCAGAAGAGCAAGAAGCGCCCCUGCCGCGGCAGCAGCAGCAGCGGCGGCCACAACAACAGUGGCUCUUUUCGCCCGGGAGGUUGAACUCGGCUCCGCUCUUCAUGCUGGAUCUGUACAAUUCCCUCUCCAGCGAGGAGGAGCAGGAGGAGGAGGAGGUCUCAGGCAAAAAAGAAGGGGAGGCUCGCCGGAGCGGCCGGGAGCCCACGGCCGCGCAGCCCUUGCACGGCAAAACGCUCCUUAGUUCUCCCCACCCGGGCUAUCCCGGCAGUCACGGCCCAUCGCCCACCCUGGCCAGCUCUCAGGACAGCGCCUUCCUCAGCGACGCCGACAUGGUCAUGAGCUUCGUCAAUCUGGUUGAAUAUGACAGGGAAUUCACACCAUAUCAGAGGCACCACAAAGAGUUCAAGUUCAAUUUGUCUCAGAUUCCUGAUGGAGAGACUGUUACAGCUGCAGAAUUCCGAAUCUACAAGGACUGUGUUUUGGGAGGCUUUAAAAACCAAACAUUUCUGAUUAGCAUUUAUCAGGUCUUGCAAGAACAUCAGAACAGAGAUUCAGAGCUGUUUAUGCUGGAUACUAGAGCUGUAUGGGCCUCAGAAGAAGGCUGGCUGGAGUUUGACAUCACUGCCACCAGUAACAUGUGGGUGAUAAACCCCCAGAAUAAUUUAGGACUCCAGAUGAGCGUUGUGACCAGGGACGGUCUCAGUAUAAACCCUAGAGAAGCAGGACUAAUAGGUCGAGAUGGCCCUCAUGACAAACAGCCUUUCAUGGUGGCUUUUUUCAAAGUGAGUGAGGUUCACGUUCGAACGGCUAGAUCAGCCUCCAGCAGGCGCAGGGACCAGAGUCGAAACCGCUCCACCCAGCCUCAGGAUGUUUCCAGGGCAAACAGUAUCACAGAUUACAACAGCAGUGACCUAAAAACAGCAUGCAGAAAGCAUGAACUUUAUGUCAGCUUCCAAGACUUGGGAUGGCAGGACUGGAUAAUUGCACCGAAGGGUUAUGCAGCAAACUACUGUGAUGGAGAAUGCUCUUUUCCACUCAAUGCUCACAUGAACGCCACCAAUCAUGCCAUUGUGCAAACUCUGGUUCACCUUAUGAAUCCAGAAAAUGUUCCCAAGCCAUGUUGUGCUCCUACAAAACUUCAGGCAAUAUCAGUUCUUUACUUUGAUGAUAAUUCCAAUGUCAUUUUGAAAAAAUAUAGGAAUAUGGUGGUAAGAGCUUGUGGAUGUCACUGACAAGACAUUCUUUACAGAAGUGCCAUUCAAGUAUAUAAUUUAUAGCCACUUAUUCAGACAGAAAAUCUAAUGCUUCUAGAGCAGGAUUUGUGCCUUACGGAAGAAUUGAAAGAAAUGAAAGAAAAGCAGGAACUGCAGUGUUACAUGUUAACUUCUAAAAUGUUUGCACAAUGGUGGCUUCUUGGUUUUGCAAUGUCUAAAAACACCAGCACAAUAUGCAAGGUAUGAAUUGGGUUAAUGGAGCAAAUAUGCAGACAAAAGCCAGCCUUCUGUUUGAAUUACAAUUCAGUCUCACUAAGCAAAGAUCCAUCAAAUCCAUCAAUGAUUGUGCCGUAAUAUGAAGAAUGAGGAGUUUGUGCUGAGCAACAGAAUGCACUAUUCAAAGUAAAGCUCAAUCCACACAUUGCAAUACUUAUCUUUAAAGACAUGCAACUAUAGGUCAAGCCUUCAGGAUUACUAUGUCAAAGAAGUGUCUUGCACCGAGUGAAUGGCUGCACAUAGGUUUCCUCCAAGAAGGUUAAGUAAUGAAGACAUUUGCCGUGUUAAGCCAUGUAUUUCUUCAUUAUCAACAAGAAACAUAGCUGGCAAUGUGCCCUUCUGGUCUGACUAUUGCAAAAGUGAUUAAAACACAAAGCUACCAAAUCGUCUGCUGUUCUAGAAGGAGCAUUGCCAUCAGCCUGAGGGACAAGUGUUCUACAAGCAAUUAUGCUCACAUUCCAGCUGUAUCUUGCUGCUAAUUCUGAUCCAACUUUUCUUAGUGCUACCACCAUUAUCAAUACUAAAUGCACAUAUAUGUGCGUACACACAAAUUCUGGCCCCUUCAAUGAACAGUAAAAAUAUAUUCUGUGGGACUACCCACUGUAAAGUUUUGUUAUGCCUGAAAGGCAUCCUCAAGACAGAGGCUAAAACAGAGAUUUCUCAAAUGGUAAAAACUCCCUUUAUAUAAAUCUUUCUGGCCUUUUAAACAAGAGAAAAGAGAUCACCCUAGUUAUUGCCAAUUAAUAGCAGCCUGGACAAAGAGAACUGUGUUAUCCCAUUUGUGCUUCUGAACAACACAAGGUGGAAGAGUGUGGGUGGGAUAUAAGGCUGCAGGACAAAAUAUGCAGAUGAGUUGUUUUGCACUUUCCAGGGGGCCAAGGGAAUGCUCAGUUAAGAAUAUUAACAAAUUCUGAUCUAAUGGAGAUCAGAAGUGUAUCUCUCAUUGCACUUGUCCAUACUUUACAGAGGCUCUCCUCUCACCCUUGAGAAAUCUGAACAGACUAACCUGGCUACCACCAAAGGAAAAUGAAUUUAAAAUGUAUGUGAUACUUACAUCAGAAAUCUGAAUUUACACAAUGUUUUUCCCCCAAGGUGAGAAUUCAGAAGAGUGCACUUCCCUUUGACUACUUUGCAAUUUGAAAAGUCUUUUGUAAAUAGAUGAGUAUUAUAAUUUAUUGCAACCUCCAGAUAUAUUGAUUUUUAUGUACUAUUUAGCAAGACCAAACGUGGGUCUGUUUUUUUGUAAAAAAAAGAUGAUUUUAUUCAGAAACUGUUUGUGUAAACAAUUGUACCACUCAGUUUUGUACAAGAAACUCAUGAGUUACAGCAGCCUGCUCAUGAGAUUGUGCUUCAUUAGGUUUUUACAAAGCCAUCAUGAAUAAAGGCUCCCUUUAAGGCA